GCAUGGAGAAACAAUACAUUAAGACAAUGCUCUCCCUGAGUUUACUUAUAUAAUUGACAAAAACCCAAUAAAAAAUAGCUAAAAAAGAAAAAAAGAAAAAAGAAAGUAAUUGAAGCCUGCUUUAUUUGCCCCCACGUAGAGACCACAAAUUGCUUUUCAUUCUCAAGCCGUAAGCCACCUCACCUAUAUCUCUCAUCAAUCAACACCUAGCAUGUAAUUAAUGCUUCCACCUACUCAGCUUUUCAAUUCUUGGUCCUCUAGAUUUUUCUCUGCGCCUCCAUACACACACAAACCAGAAGAGGUGAAAGAAAAUAAGAUUUUACUCUGCGGCCUGCGCCUUCAUGCUGAACAAACAAAAACCAGCAGGGGCGAACCAAGAAAGGAGGAGGAGGAGGAGGAGGGGGGCUUGAGCAAAAAAAUUUAAAAACGACCUUAUAAAUUUUUUUUUUUUCAAAAUUUUUGCAGGGGCGCCCCCUCCCCUGCAUAGAUCCGCCACUGCCCCUCUCUCUCUCCAAUGGGGAACCGAAGCAGAAUACGUCUUCGGACCACCCUCUUACCAUGUCUUGCACCUCUCUACUUAGCCUUCUUGCUGUAUCACCUGACCAGCACCGUCGCCAGCGGCUCGCCGUCUCCUUACACACCGGUCGAUAAUAUUGUCCUCAACUGUGGCUCUUCUACCAAUUCAACUGCAUUAGACGGUCGGACCUGGAUUGGAGACGAGCAUUCAAAAUUCUUCCCCGUUGAACAAUCACAAAACCAGGCAUCUCUAACAGCCAUCGCAGUUCAACAAUCCUCCUCCAACGAUAAAGUACCCUAUGCCAAUGCCCGGCUUUUUCUCUCCGAAUUCACCUACACGUUUCCAGUCACUGCCGGCCAAAAAUUCAUUCGACUAUACUUCUAUCCGGCUUCGUACCUUAACUUUGAUCGCUCUAACGCCCUAUUCUCUGUCAAAGCCGGUAGUUUUACUCUUCUUAGCAACUUCAACGCUUCACUUACAGCAGAUGCCGAUGGUGAUCCCGGGGAUACCAUAUUUAGAGAAUACUGUGUCAACAUCGACGAGGAUCAGAUGUUGAACAUAACUUUCACGCCGUACGGUUCUAAUUAUACAUAUGCUUUCAUCAACGGAAUUGAAAUCUUGUCGAUGCCUCCCAAUCUCUAUUACACUCCCUCUGGCGUUGAAGGGUUUUCUUUUGUCGGCCAGCAGAGCCUGUACAGCAUCACGAACAGCACUGCUCUCGAGAUGGUAUACAGACUUAAUGUUGGAGGCCGCUCCAUCUCACCCAUUGAAGACACUGGCAUGUUCCGGGCAUGGAGGCCGGACGACAAUUACUUGACAAUAUAUAAACAACUUGUUCUACCUUUUAACAAUACUAUUGACCUAAAGUUUACCAAGAAGGUACCUCCGUACACUGCGCCAGAAGACGUCUAUCGGACUGCCCGGACUAUGGGGCUGAACAAAGCUAUCAACAAGAGCUACAAUCUCACCUGGGAAUUUCCUGUAGACUCUGGGUUUGAUUACCUUGUUAGGCUACACUUUUGCGAGUUUCAACCUGAGAUCAUUCAGCAAGACGACAGAGUGUUCCUUAUUUUCAUAGCAGAUCAAAUCGCUGAGGAAGCAGCCAACGUAAUGGUAUGGAGUGGUGGAAAAGGUAUUCCGGUUUAUAAAGAGUACGCAGUUUCGAUGUUUGGCAAAGGCGAGAAGAAAAUGAAUCUCUCCAUCGCACUAGAAGCAAACCCACAAGAUUGGAAGACUGCUUACAACGACGCAAUCUUGAACGGUGUCGAAGUUUUUAAAGUAAGCGCCUCUAGUACUGGCAAUCUAGCCGGAUCCAAUCCAGACCCACUUCCGCUGGCCCCUCCAACUGUUGUGCCACCAACACCACCGAAGAAGUCGAAGAAUAACGGAACAAUAGUUGCCGUUGUUGGUGGUGGUGCUUCCGGAUUUGUUGUGCUGUCGAUUAUUGGGUUCUUGAUUUUCCGGCGGCGGAAGAGAGGUAAGGACUCCGGCUUUGGUGAUGGGACCACUUGGUGGGGUCCAUUUUCUUUCUCUACGACCAAAUCAACAAAGUCCCACAGGUCAUCUCUACCGUCUGCUCUGUGUCGUAACUUCUCAUUGGCUGAGAUUAGAGCAGCCACCAACAACUUCGAUAACGUUUUCAUCAUUGGGGUUGGCGGGUUUGGUGACGUGUUCAAAGGAUACAUUGAUGGUGGGGCCAGACCAGUUGCGAUCAAGCGGUUGAAACCCGGUUCCCAACAAGGAGUCCAUGAGUUCGAGACUGAGAUCGAGAUGCUUUCCCAGCUUCGCCACCUCCAUCUCGUUUCUCUGAUUGGAUAUUGUAAUGAUGGUGAUGAGAUGAUUCUCGUUUAUGAUUAUAUGGCCAAUGGAACCCUUCGUGAUCAUUUGUACAACACUCACAAUCCUCCUCUUUCGUGGAAGCAAAGGCUCGAAAUUUGUAUAGGUGCAGCACAUGGUUUAAACUAUCUUCAUACGGGCGCAAAGCACUCAAUCAUUCAUCGAGACGUGAAGACAACAAAUAUUCUUUUGGAUGAGAAAUGGGAGGCCAAGGUUUCUGACUUUGGAUUGUCCAAAAUGGGCCCAACUGGUGUAUCCAAGGCACACGUUAGCACAGUGGUGAAGGGCAGUGUUGGGUAUCUCGACCCAGAGUAUUACAGACGUCAACAGUUAACUGAAAAAUCUGACGUAUACUCGUUUGGAGUAGUUUUGUGUGAAGCACUGUGUGCAAGGGCGCCUAUAAUGCGCACCGUAGACAAGAAGCAAGUGAGCCUGGCAGAAUGGGCCCGACAAAGCUAUUGCAAUGGCAAGAUGGAUCAGAUCGUUGAUCCAACCUUAGAGGGUAAAAUAGCGCCAGAGUGUUUGAAAAAAUAUUGUGAGGUAGCGGUGAAUUGUUUGCUUGACAACGGAAUUGAACGGCCAUCGAUGAAUGAUGUUGUGUGGGGCCUCGAGUUUGCCUUACAACUGCAAGAGCGCGACCAAAGAGAUGUCGGGCUUGAUGAGAAGAAGGAAGAUGAGAAAAUUCUGUUGCCCAAAUCCAAGAUUGAGGAUAGUGAUGACAGUAUUGACGGGUUUAGUAGUAGCGGUGUACAAGUGUCAAGUAUAAAUAGCAAUAGCAGCAGAGAGCAAGGUUCUGGUAGCAGCAGUCGGGAUUCGAGCAGACUGAUGUCCUCCUGGGCAGUGUUCUCGGAAAUUAUGAAUCCCGUAGCUCGGUAAAAGAAGAGUUUAGGUGAACUUUUGUUAUGCUCUUUUCUGGUGAUCUUUGUUGAGCUCAAUUUCUAAAAUGUUUUAUUUAGAGUCAUUGCGAAAACAAUUCACUUUAUUUCACAAGCCGUGCAACGGUGCAAGAUGAAAUUGGUAAUGCAUGUAUGUGAUGUAAUGGCUUUUGGAGAUGGUAGAAUAUAUUUUGAAUAUUUAUAUUA